GCCAGGGCUGGCUGUGUGCUCUCCCCAGCCCAGAUUAGAUGAUCGCGGAGGCAGCGGCGGGUCGUGCUGCUCCCCGGGUGUCGCCAUGUCGCUGCGGGCCCGCGCCCUCUAUGACUUCCGAGCGGAGAACCCGGGGGAGGUGUCCCUGCGGGAGGCCGAGGUGCUCAGCCUGUGCAGCGAGCAGGACAUCGAGGGCUGGCUGGAGGGGGUGAACAGCCGUGGGGAGCGCGGUCUGUUCCCGGCUUCCUACGUGGAGGUGAUCCGCAGCGAGCCGGCUUCCCCCCCUCCGCCGCCGCCGCCGCCCCCCCCGGCCCCGGACUCCCGCUACUCCAACCUGCCGACCGGGGGGUACUCCCCGCCGCAGCCCUCCGCCCAGGCUCCUCCCCAGCUGGCCUUCUCCUUCCCCGCGGGAGCCGCGCAGCCCCGGCCGAGCGCCCUCCACUACCAGCAGAGCCAGCCCAGCGACGACGACUGGGACGACGAGUGGGAUGACAGCAGCUCCACGGCGGCCGACGAGCCCGGGGGUACUCCGACUCCCGGUUACUAUGGCGGCGGCGGUUUCCAUGACUACGACGGGUCCAGCUCCCGCUACCGAAUGUCCACCCGCUCCGAGCUGCCCCCGGGCUCCUACUCCACCACCGCCUCCUCGUCCUCCGCCUCCCAGGCCGCCAAGGGCUCGGCCACCGUCAGCCGCAACCUCAACCGCUUCUCCGCCUUCGUCAAGACCGGCGGCGAGGCGUUCGUGCUGGGCGAGGCGGCCGGGUUCGUGCGGGAUGGCGACAAGCUGUGCGUGGUGCAGGGCCCGCACGGGCCGGAGUGGCAGGAGAACCCGUACCCGUUCGGCUGCUCCAUCGACGAGCCCACCAAGCAGACCAAGUUCAAGGGGAUGAAGAGCUACAUCUCGUACCGGCUGCUCCCCAGCCACACCGGCCUGCAGGUCUACCGCCGGUACAAGCACUUCGACUGGCUCUACACCCGCCUGCUGGAGAAGUUCCCGGUCAUAUCGGUACCCCGCAUCCCUGAGAAACAGGCCACCGGCCGCUUCGAGGAGGACUUCAUCUCCAAGCGGAGGAAGGGUCUGAUCUGGUGGAUGGACCACAUGUGCAGCCACCCGGUGCUCUCACGGUGCGACGCCUUCCAGCACUUCCUGACCUGCACCGACGAGAAGGCCUGGAAACAGGGCAAGAGGAAAUGCGAGAAGGAUGACAUGGUUGGAGCCAACUUCUUCCUCACCCUCAGCACCCCACCAGGGGCCCCAGUGCUGGACCCCCACGAUGUGGAAGGCAAGCUGGACUCAUUCAAGGCGUUCGCCAAGAGGAUGGAUGAGGGAGUCCUUCAGCUCAACCAGACAGCCGGAGAGUUUGCCCGAAAACAAGCUUCAGGUUUCAAGAAGGAGUACCAGAAGGUGGGCAUGGCCUUCAAAGGCUUGGGACAAGCUUUCGAGAUAGACCAGCAGCCCUUCUCGGUGGGAUUCAACCGGGCUAUGGCCUUCACUGGGGAUGCCUAUGAUGCUAUUGGGGAAAUGUUUGCAGAGCAGCCUCGACAGGACCUGGAUCCCAUCAUGGACCUGCUGGCAGUCUACCAGGGCCACCUGGCCAACUUCCCAGACAUCAUCCACGUCCAGAGAGGUGCACUGACCAAAGUACGAGAGAGUAAGAAGCAUGUAGAAGAAGGGAAGAUGGAGCUUCAGAAAGCAAGUGAUAUCCAAGAACGCUGUAACAUUAUUUCCUAUGCUAGCCUAGCAGAAAUACAGCACUUUCACAAAAUCCGAGUGAGAGACUUCAAGUCACAAAUGCAACAUUUCUUACAACAACAGAUCACAUUCUUCCAAAAAGUGACGCUAAAACUGGAGGAAGCUCUACAAAAAUAUGAUGCUGCCUAGGAAUGACAUGGGGAAACCCUCAGCUUAUUCUCCUCGUUUUGGGGAUGGUAUAUUAACCCUGGGGAAAUAUUCACCCCUACAAAAUUACAACCUGUUGCCAAUAAUUGGCGGUGGUACACGAAUGGUCGUACAUCUACUUUUUUUUUUUUUAGUAUACUGUGAUGCAGAAAUGUGGAACCCUAAGAUAGUUCCACAUAGUUCCAGCAUAGCACAUUUGUAUUUAAAUUAUAUCAACUAUUCCUACACUACCAUUGUACCAAUUUUUCUGGUGUAUCAAGUAUGCAAAUUGCCUUAUUGUUUCCUGAAGUAUGUUGUUAAGGUGCAUACACAAAAAAACGACUAACACGUUACUUCAGUUGCCUUUUUUUAUUCUUACACCUGGAUUUAACAUAUCCUCUGUUUACAAAUCUUCUACUUGAGCAACUGUUCAAUUUUGUGCCUUCUUAAACUUUUUUUUUUUUCAGUAAUAAAUUCAUAUUUUACCAUGGAGAAACUGUUGAUCCAAUGUAAACUUUACAAGUCUGCUAAAUAUUGUUUUCUCCUCUAUUGCCCACAGUGCUCUAUUUUACUAGGAAAACAUGGGCUUCCGUGACAUUCUGUCCUGUAGACAAGGAGACGAUGGGAUUAACCUAUUGUUUGUUUAGGUUACUGUACGCCCAUGUCAGGAAAAGAUUCACUUGUUACAUAGAACUGUAAAACAACGCUGAAGAGGAACUGGCUAUUUUAACAUCAAUUAGUGAAAAUUCACAGGACAACGCAAUUACGGCUUAUUGCCCGGUACAGUCUUAUUGGUUUUCAGCAGUUGUUUACUUGUAUGAUGGUUAGUGGAUGGGUUAGUGAAGUGUGCUAUUGAAGUGUACCAGCAAGGAGCGGUUAACUAUUUGAUGUGACUCGAAAAGACACUUUAACUGGGAUUUUGGAGACUCUGCAAUCAUCGAUUAAGUAAUGAAAUAAAAUUGCAUUGCUGGCAAUAAAGCACAUAUCCUUCUACAGACUAGUUUACACAGCAUGUCUGUUCACAUCUUAUCCAUCUAGGGGAGACCAGUAGCAUGUUAAAAUUAAUACUGUGUAUGCAUACAAUUAUAUUUAAUGCACUCAUUUUAUUUAUUAUUUUGUAGCCAAUCUUUUUCAGUUUUAAUAUUAACCUUUUCUCUGGAAUAUUUACAUAUUGACAAUAUCUAGUGAAAUACUAGCAAUUGUGUAAUGCUGCAUUUUGAGAUACUGAAGCAGCUCUGAUAUAUUAGUAACCCCUGAUAUAUCAUGGAUACUUGUUGGAUUUUUUUUAAUGCUUUAUAUUAUUGACACUGGUCUUUAAAUUCCUGAAGUUAGUGUCACUUCCUUUUCUUAAUCAUGGAAAGCAAAGCACUUGAGCUCAUCUAUUUGAUUGUUUUUUUUUUAUCAUAUUAAAUGCGUCUUUGCUUUGUUACAAGGUUGGACAACCUUUUGGUUUUCUAGCCCAUCACCAGAGGCAGAGGAUAAUGUAACUUGUAGGCAAAAAACAUAAAGAAGAUUUUCAUGUCACUCUUCUCUUGCAAAAUAUCAAGUCUGCUUUACUUUUUUUUUUUUGCCUUGGGGCACAAGUAUUAUUUAUACAUGUGCUGUAUGGGACAAUUACUGGCCAGUUGCAAGACACAUGAGAUUUAGCCACAUAGACAUGCAUCUAUUUGAAGUUCUAAAAUGUACCCGUCUUGAUAAUGGACUUGUGCACCUUUUUAUAUGAAUUCUGAUCCUUAGUAUACAAAGACACUUUUCUUCCCCCCUCAAAUCCUGUUUAUUCUCUGCCACCUCAAACAAACUGGCCUAUGUAUGGAUCUGUGAUCUCAGUUUGGAGGCUUUCAGAGGUAGACCGAAGAUACAUAACUCCAAGGCUAGGAGCUGGUGCUUAACCAUUGACGAUAAACAUAUCAAUGUUUAGGUCCUGGACUCUUAGCUUUUUCACUUCUACUACUUUGCAUCAUCAUCAUCAUCGUUCAGCAUUUUUAGAAAUAAAAAAACCUUGUGGGGUUAGUUGUAGCUUCUGUAUCCAUUCUUAAAUUUCUACAGUAUUACCAUGCUUUCCUUUUAAAGGUGCCUAUUUAUGACUUGGUAAAACUACAGGUGCAUUUAUAUAAAUUCUGCUGGGAGAAGCUCAAAUUAAACCACUGUUAUUUCAUAGCAAUGGAAGGAGUUUUAAUGAUUACAUUAGCAUGCACUUACUUUGACUUCUUAACAUCUCCAACUCGUUACACUGUGUGAUCAAUUCAAUGUAGUUAAAUUAUCUGCUGGCAAUUAAAAAUCCAACAUUGCUUGUA